CUGUCAUUUGUUUGCUAAACAAUAACAAAAUAGCUUUGCAACCAGUUUAGCGAAUAAAAAUAAAUAAUGGCGCAGUCUAUCAAUGAAUUUCGCGGCGAUUCGUCACAUCAAUUUGUAUACACGAAAGGAAACAAUUUAACAAUGUUUUAUAAACAAACAAUUGUUUGCAGCCUAUGUAGAUACAUUCUAUGAUCAAAUUCCAUGACAUCAUAAACAACUCUAAUGUGAACUUCCUGAGUCUCCUAUUACUUCGCGGGGGACAUCCAUGAAGUAAACACGUCUCGCGAUGCAUAGCAUUAAAUUACUGGCGAUAUUUUCGUUAAUAUUGACUGAGUGCUAUAGUUUAACACCUCAGUGCAGAAAUGAAAGGGGAGAACCAGUUGAUUGGUUUUAUGUGUACAAGUUGCCACGGGAGAAGAAUCACUUGAACCCGUUAGUGCGGAGAGGUGUAGCAUACAUGUACUUAACUCCAUCUAAGUUAAGAGGAGGAUGGAUCAUGUCAGAUCUAGCUAUAAGUGAUUCCCGAUCUAUGGUUGGGAAGACUUUGAUGCCUCUAUAUCAAGAUAGGAAUAUAAUAUCUUUGGUGUACAAUGAUCAGCCCCCAGCUACAGAGCACCAGCCGGAUAUACUCCAGUCUGUUGCUGAGAUGUACUCUAAAAGUAAAAGAGGUCAAAUGAAUCAAGCUGGUGUUAAAAAGUUCAAGAAAUUCAAACUAGGCGAUAAAUAUUACGAUGAUUAUGAUUUAGCGGAAAUGUGUAAGAUGCAUUCAAAGUUUAUGAAAUCACGAGUUGAGAGCGGACACACUAAGGGAGUGAUAUUAGGGGAUAAGUUUACUGCACUCUGGUUGGUGCAUUCUGUACCCAGAUUUCCACCAUUACCUGAUAUUCAUGGUCUUAACGUUUCUUCAUAUAAUUAUCCAACAACGGGGACGAAGUAUGGACAAUCAUUUCUAUGUGUUUCUGUUCAAACUUCAACGUUAAAUCAGAUUGCAACCCAACUAAAAUACAAUGAACCCCUGAUCGUGUACUACCAUAUGCCUCCGGACUUCGACAGUGAACUCCCGAAUUUAGUCGAUGUUGUUCAUAAUAAAACGAUUGACGCAUCACCUUGGUACCACAUAGAAAGUUUCGAGACCCUCGUGGGUCGUAAGUUCCUGUCUUUCGCGAAGAGUGCGAUGUUCAACGACGACCUGUACAGCGGGCUGGUGGCCGAGGUGCUGCAGUCGGACCUGCUGGUGGAGUCCUGGACCAACGGCCCCGGCACACUCGACUCGGAGUGCACGAGGAACUUCCAAGUGCGUAACAUCGAGCGGCUGAAGUUCCCCAUCGCGAAGAUGUCGUUCACUUCCCACAACGACCACUCGAAGUGGGCGGUGGCGGUCGCGCACAAGAUGCACAACAGCCAGGAUACUAAAGUCGCCGACUACUGGGUCUGCGUCGGCGACAUCAACAGAGCGUUGCCCCAGGAGUCGCGGGGCGGGGGCACGGUGUGCACCUCGGGACCAAUCUUGUGGGGCAAUUUUGCCCAUCUCAUCGAGUCCGUGCAGACGUGGUACAUUUACAAGCCUCCUAGUGACGUUGCGCCGUACUUAGAGUUAGGACGGAACUUCACUUACAUUACUUCUUUAAACGCCGGCAGAUGGCAGCCUUCUAGCAAAUUUAUCACUGCCAAUUCUAUGUUGCAGCACACGAUAUCUCCUAUUUAUAGGCCAACGUAUACAGAUUAUCUCGCUGUGGCAGUGUACGAGCCGCGGUCGACGUCUGACGCCCGCGGAGUCCUACUGGCAGAUGAAGUCGGCGGUGUCUGGAUAGGGCAUACCGUGCCCGGCUUGAUUGAUAUGCGGGAUGAUCGUCCGACAUUCCCGGAUAGUGAGAGAGCGAAUGGACAUCUACUAAUGUGUCUGUCUAUUGACUUGUUGGCCAUCAAUGAGAUCGCCUCAACACUACAAGUCGCCGCACCCAAGUUCACUUAUGUCAAAAUACCAAAAAGAAUGCGGGAAUUGUUGCCUACGUGGAAUUUUGAACACGAUAUGAACUCAAAAGAAAGACACAGAAAAAAAGUGAAUUUCUUGACAAAUUCUGAGUAUUUGAACGUGGAGAUGUUAGCGCGUCCUCCCACUAAUGAAGAAUCUUUGUACGAGGAGUUCGCGGCCUCCAAGGAACUCGUGUUGGACGUGUACAAUCCGACUGACGGCGAAUAUCUAUCUUCUGUGUGCGCAAAAAAUUUUAGUAUACGUAACAUAAGAACGAUAUCAUUGAAGUUGAUGGAAUCAGUGCAGUAUGUAAGCAACUUAACUGACCGUGCGAGGUUCGCAGUCAGCACGGCCGCGUCCUGGCAGAAAAUGAAGUCAUCACCGCCUCAGUACUGGACUUGUGUCAGCAAUCUGGAUAAAGAGGAUAUGACAGGAAAGGGAGGACUUAUAACUUGUGUUGAUGAUUAUUCUGUCUGGUUGACAUUUGAUAAUUUCAAAGUUAAAGAACCAGAAUGUUAAUGCAAGUAACUAUUAUAGAUGCCGCGUAAAUAACAAGAGUUCGCUACUUUUUUAAUUUUAGUUUUAAUUUGAAAAAUCACUGCCGUUACCUGGUAAUGUAAUUAUCCUUAACUGAAAAAGGGACAAACAAUGUUAUGUUAAAAAAAUAUUUAAAAAUUAAGUACUACAUAAUACGAGUAAUAACGAAAUACUUCUUGACAAGAAACAGAUUCUGUAAAGAAAACAAUAAUUUUAAAAAGUAUAUUUUAUUUUUUAAUAUACAACACAAAAGUUAUUUACAUAUUUAUUGUGACAUCUUUAAAUAACCCCACAAUCUGCCAACCUCCCGAUUUCUACUAAGUCUAUCUUAGUCAUGGUUCCUUAGGGUUUCUAUAUAAAAUCGAGUACAAGAUACCUCGCCCAUAGUCACCAAUAUCAACCCAUUUAAAACAUUAGCACAGAGUGCCUCUAUUUGCUAUCUUUAUAAAAAGCAAACAACAAAAAUGUUCUCGUUGUUAAAUGGCAUUUGUCCAUCAUCAUCCUUAAGAAUGAUCGUAAAGAAAGGUACUAUCAAAGUUAAAAUCUCAUUAAAGCAAUUUCCAUUAUAUAAAUACUUUUUAAUGUUUAAAUUAGUAAUUUGUUAGUACCUUUUGUGUUUUGGCACAAUACCUCCACUGCCCUGUGCCCUCGACUAACAAGGAACCAGUGGGUCGAAAAAGAAACAGAAUAAAAAAAGCAUUAUGAACAUAGAUUAUAGAAAACAA